AAUUCAUUGUUGCUUUUUGCGUGACAAAGCCAUUUUCAGCUAUUGUCAUGUGAGGCCGAGCGAUCCGCCAAACGUUCGCUCUAGCGUGAUCGCCAGUUGCACUCGCACGAUGUUCGGCAAACCUGGACCCUCCAGGCUUUUGUCGCCAUUUUCUAGGCAGGAACCUUCUGGACACCCCAAUGAUUCGUCACGGACCUCCGCCUCCCCGACUCCCGGGAUCAAGAUCACCGCUUCCCCUACUUUGAUCGAAGGAACGAUUUGUAGAGAUCAUGACAGAUCCGCGCAAUCUCUUCUCGGAUCUCUUCUCGAGCCUCCUAUUACCUCCGCAGCAACUCCGUCUUCUAUCGGCAGCGGCGCUAGAGAAUCAAAAAACGGAUCCUCCUUUCGAAGCAGUAUAUCUGCGCGGUUUUGGAGAAGCCCAAGCCCCGGUCCUAAUCAGGGCAACAAGUCAAGUGUGUCCCAUCUGGAACAGCCCAUUCCCGCUACCCCCCUCCAGUCGUACCCUGAUGAAUCGCGACCAUCUUCAUCCCUUUCUACCUCUGAUAUCAAAAUUGAUAUUCCUCGUGCGACGCCCGGCUCAAACGCGGCCUCCAGUAAUCCUGCGAACUUUCGGGCACAACUAAAACGCCCAGUGAUAUGA